AUGGCUUCACAAAAACGUGGAAAGAUUCUUCAAACAAUACACGUGCAUCACGCACGUGAUAUUGUUUACAAUGUUAUAAAAUACUUUGACGGAGAGAAGAACUUGGAGUGUUAUAAUCCGUUAAAGUGUUGCGCCGCACGCGCAGCGAUGGCGAUUAAUUUAUCGAUGACUACUAUAUCGAAAAUAAAGAAAGAAGGUAGGGAGAUUGAAAUUGAGGACUUCAUUAUCAGUGUCGGUAUGAACAGCGACAGCGAAGAUGAAAGUGACGACUAUGAAGACCAGAACUGUGAAAGUGACCAGUCCAUGGAGGUUUAUGAUCAAUUGAUGGAGGGAAUUGAACCAAUUAUGGGUUCAGAUGACCCGGAUACUGCUGGACUAAGCGGUUUAUAA